CGGCAACUCCUCAGUUGGAUUUCAGAACAUCGAAUGGGCGGGCGUGUAGGAUGGAUCGCUAAGACACCAGUAGUUUUUUUUCAUUCCGCCUUCUAGCAGUGUUUGUUUAUUACCGUCAGGCAUACUUUCCGUAAAUCCUUCUCGACGGCGGUGCUUUUUAUUUUAUAAGUUCAGCAUUUUUAUUCUUUUAAUCUUGUCUUAAAGCGUCGCGUUCCGAUUUCACGUCGAGAAGGCAGCCGUACAAGUUUGAAAGCGGCUUUUUGAGAGUACCACCUACUCAUAAUUUUGUUAUCGCUUAUAACAACGCAUCGGGCAAAAUCAAAAUGGUGAAGAAGAUUGAUAGCGAAGAGAGUGUAGAUAGCGGCGUCGGCCGUGGCAGUAGUCAAUCGGGGAGCGAGCGUGAAACAGAAGAGAUACCACGUGGGCCCGAGUCGUCCGCACCGGUGCCCAUCCCCGACAGCGAGGAGCUCCAGAGGCGCAAGGAAGAGGCGCGCAGGAAGCGUCGCAGGAAGAAGCGCUCUGGCAGCUCGGUGGUCACGUCAUGUUUCCAAGACCUAUACAAGCUGACGGGUGAAGUACUAGGCGAGGGUGCGUAUGCCUCGGUGCAGACAUGCGUCAACAUCUACACCGGGCAAGAGUUUGCAGUGAAGAUCAUCGACAAGGUGCCGGGGCACGCCCGCGCCCGGGUGUUCCGCGAGGUGGAGACCUUCCACUAUUGCCAGGAUCACCCGAACAUAAUCCAGCUCAUUGAAUUUUUUGAGGACACCGACAAGUUUUACCUUGUCUUCGAGAAGAUCAACGGCGGUCAACUCCUGUCGCGAAUACAGGAGCAUCAUUACUUCUCAGAGCCGCAAGCGGCAGAGAUAGUUCGCGAAAUAGCUAACGCACUACACUUCCUGCACGGCAAAGGCGUCGCCCACCGCGACCUGAAGCCGGAGAACAUCUUAUGUGUGAACCGCGACAGUCUCUGCCCAGUCAAGAUUUGUGACUUCGAUCUUGGAAGUGGGAUCAGUUUCACUUCGAGCCUUGCAAGCCCACUGGCGACCCCGCAACUAAUGACGCCGGUGGGCAGUGCAGAGUUUAUGGCGCCCGAGGUGGUGUCGCUGUUCGCGGGUUCGGCGGCGACGCACUACGACAAGCGCUGCGACCUGUGGUCGUUGGGCGUCAUCGCCUACAUCCUGCUGUGCGGCUAUCCGCCAUUCCGUGCCGAUUGCGGUGCCGACUGCGGCUGGGAGCGUGGUGACAACUGCCGCGCUUGCCAGGACCUGCUCUUCACUUCCAUCCAGGAAGGGCAUUAUUCAUUCCCUGAGGAGGAGUGGUCACAUAUAUCGUCUGAGGCGAAGGAUCUCAUCGCGCAGCUGCUUGUGCGGGAAGCGUCGCACCGCAUCAGUGCCGAGCGGGUCCUACAGCACCCGUGGCUGCGCCGCGCCGAUGCCUCCGCCCACUACCCGCCGCUGCGUACCCCACUUAACAUCAAACGUAAUAUGUCGGCUCGAAACCUGUCCAAUUUCGCGGAGUCUGCAAUGGCGGUGAACCGGGUGAUCCAGCAGCACUUCUCCAUGAACUACUCGUACAUGGAGCGCCCGCCGGCCGCGCUGCGGAGCUCCAAGUCGUGCCACCCCAGCCCAGACACGGUCGCUAGGGAGAGCAUUCUGGAGGACGAGCUGGAACGCACCGGGCUCGCCCUCCAGGGCAUGGCUGUGUGCGAGCGUCGCUGCGGCGACGAGUACUGUGUGCCUUUCGGCCUCUCGCCGCCAAUCGAGUCCGAGCUGCUCCGUCGUCGCCACCAGCUCGCCGACAAGCCCCUCCCCGUACAUUAGCAGCCGUUCCCGACCGGUCGGUUAUCGCCUCAUCUAUUUGGACCUUCUUGGUGAUCUCAUUGAUUGGCGCCACAUCGACCUGAACCCUCAUUUCUACCCAGACCAGUACUCCGUUUUUCGCGCUAGUGAUCACAAUUCCGAGGAGAGUUUGGACGCAACGUGAUAGUAUGAUACCGGUGCCCUAGACACCCUCCGAUUCGAGAGCCGAUCCCUUGCGGCAGUGCUUCCCUCGGCCUCUAGCUGUGUGCCGCAUUAUCUGUCGAUCUGGUGAUAAUUUUUUUUCUAACUUGUGAUAGUGAACUAGUAGGUAUGCGAGGUGCAGAACUCCUACGCGUAUCCAGUUGUGUAUAGUUAGUGAUAAGGGCUGGGGAUGCAGCUGGCCCCGUCACAUUCCACCGAGCGCCACAGUACAAGGACAAUGGAUCUACCUCCCGAGAUAGCCUUGCGAGGCUGUAGUCAUAUGAGUAAUGACUGUAUAGUGAGCCAACUUCUUUGUAUACUCAUUGGUAGUAGCGGCGCGCCAGCAAAGCCAAAUUGGCCUUAGACCAAACCCCGUACGCAUCCUACUGAACCCAUUCCUCACCCUGUUUGCGGCGGAGUUGACCCACUAUACACUCAUGACACAUAUGCUGUAGUGUCGUUUGUGGCGAGGGUCGCGCGACUGAUGUGUUUGUGAAGUAAAGCGUUCGUCAUAUGUUGGUUACGGUCGCGCGACCGUCGCGUCGCAAGCGACAAACGCCCCUGUUUACAGUUGCAGCGAAAUGGUUAAACAUCGGCGAGAGACUGUGCCAAUGGAUAAUAAUUCCUCCAGUGAUAGAUCCGAUCGCAAUUUUACUGUGAACGGUACUAAGAGCUGUAACAGUUUUAUUUGAGCCUUUUAAAGAUAUAUAUUUAUGGAUAAAUAAAAACGACUGAAUAGUUUUUAUCGAUAUGUAGAAUGUUAAUUGUGAGUUUAUGUUCAGGCGGUGCGCCGCCGAGACCGAUGCCGGUCGAUAAAAUCGUAUUAUAUUGAGAUAGUUGUGCUGAUCUACAAACUUUAUAACGAUUACAGAUAUAUAUAUUUUUGGAUUUAUGAAAUCCGUUAUUUGAAAUUGAGCUAUUUUUUGUGUAAUGUUUGUGGCCUGUCCUCAAUUCAAUUUUUUUUUUUUACUUUCUAUAGUUUUCGGAUACCUACCUAACACCUAGUCUGUUUGUGAUCGUAUGAUUUUUUUUUGCAUUUUUUUUUGCAAUUAUGGCAAAACACAUCUCAUUUAUAUAAAUAAGAAUGAAUCGAACUAAGAUUGUAAGAGAGUUAGGGAUAGUGGUGCCAAUUCUGUUGCGCGGAAAUCUCUGAACUAAAUUGACAUCUCUAAAAGUAAUGCUAUCCCUCUCAUUGUGUUCUAUGUAGCAAAAGGAUAUCAACAGAACUACUUUUGAACUUGUCAAUUUAGUUAGGUUCAGAGACUUGUGCACAAUAGAAUGUGUACCAGUAUGUGACAUUUUCGCUGUGAGUUCAAGUGUUUAUGUAUGUAGGUACAUGCGCAUAAUUACAAACUAGGAAUAAAAUUCGCUUUGUAUCGUCUAGUGUGGAAAGGGCACUCGCGAACCGAUUGUAUGAAAUGUCAUAUAUUUUUGACCUGAACUGUGUUGAUUUAGUGUUGCAUGGGGUUCCAUGGAGCUGCCAUAAAAUUGUGAUCAGUUUGAAUACUUUUAUAUUGCCGAAGAAUGAAAUGUUAUAAUAAUGUUAAGUGUAGAUUUGCUAGACUGUACCUAACCCUGCGAUCACAUUGAUUGGAGAAAAAAACACCCUUCGCCACCUAGUAUUGGACGUUAUGUUUAAUUUUCUCACAAAUUUUAUAUUUUACUUUCAUAUUCAUAUUAAUUACAAAAUAUCAUACUAAUUUAUUUUAUUUAGUUCUGGUGGCGUUAUCCAAUCAAUACCUAAACUUAUCGCAGUAAUUUGUUAAAAUCUUGUUUUCGACUUAAUCAUUGAUUUUCAAUUUGAAAUACAGAUGUUUGAAUUUAUAAA